GUUAAGCGAGAAAGGCCGCAAUUGGAGGCUUGAGCGGUGACGUAACUUUCCGCUUUGGCUGGCCUUCCGCUUGGGCUGCUCUCAGGAGGGGCUCGGGGAACAUAUAGCGGGCCUCCCCGGUCCCUCGGCCCGUGCAAGUGCGAUGAGGUCGGUUAGCUACGUGCAACGCGUGGCCCUGGAAUUUAGCGGGAGCCUCUUCCCGCACGCGAUCUGCCUCGGAGACGUCGAUAACGAUACGUUAAAUGAAUUGGUGGUGGGGGACACCAGCGGGAAGCUGUUUGUGUAUAAGAAUGAUGACAGCCGGCCAUGGCUCACCUGUUCCUGCCAGGGCAUGCUGACUUGUGUUGGGGUUGGAGAUGUUUGUAAUAAAGGAAAGCCAUCCCUCCUAUGCCUCUGCCUCUCCCAGAACCUGGUGGUGGCGGUGAGUGCUGAGGGAUGGUUUCACCUGUGUGACCUGACGCCUACCAAGGCCCUGGAUGCUUCUGGGCACCACGAGACCCUAAUGGGAGAGGAGCAGCAUCCAGUCUUCAAGCAGCACAUCCCUGCCAACACCAAGGUCAUGCUGAUCAGCGACAUCGAUGGAGAUGGGUGUUGUGAGCUGGUGGUCGGUUACACGGACCGUGUGGUACGGGCUUUCCGCUGGGAAGAUCUGGGUGAAGGCACUGAACAUCCAACAGGGCAGCUGGUGUCACUCAAGAAGUGGACACUGGAGGGUCAGGUGGACAGUCUUUCAGUGACUCCAGGGCCCUUGGGUGUUCCUGAACUGAUGGUGUCUCAGCCGGGCUGUGCUUACGCCAUUCUCCUGUGUACCUGGAACAAGGACGCCGGGCCCCCUCCCACCUCUGAGGGGGCCCCGGAGGGCAGCAGGGAGGCCCCGGCUGCCCGAGAUGUCAUGUUGCACCAGACUUCCGGCCGCAUCCACAACAAGAAUGUCUCCACCCACCUCAUUGGCAACAUCAAACGAGGCCACAACUCUGAGAUGGGUGGCUCCGGCCUCUUUGCCCUCUGCACCCUGGAUGGGACGCUGAAGCUCAUGGAGGAAGCGGACAAGCUGCUGUGGUCGGUGCAGGUGGAUCAUCAGCUUUUUGCCCUAGAGAAACUGGAUGUCACGGGCAAUGGGCAUGAGGAGGUGGUUGCCUGUGCCUGGGAUGGACAGACGUAUAUCAUUGAUCACAACCGCACCGUCGUCCGCUUCCAAGUGGAUGAGAAUAUCCGAGCCUUCUGUGCAGGCCUGUAUGCCUGCAAGGAGGGCCGCAAUAGCCCCUGCCUCGUGUACGUCACAUUCAACCAGAAGAUCUAUGUGUACUGGGAGGUGCAGCUUGAGCGGAUGGAGUCGACCAAUCUGCUGAAGCUGCUGGAGGCUGAGCCAGAGUUCCAGAGCCUGCUGCAGGAGCUGGGCGUGGAUCCCGAUGACCUCCCAGCUGUCCGCGCCCUGCUUCACCAAACCCUCUACCAUCCAGACCAGCCCCCACAGUGUGCUCCUGCAAGCCUCCACGAUCCCACCUAGCUGGACUUGCCCUCUUAGCUGAAGAAGGAGCCUCCUGAACCAACCCACCCCCCAAGGUAUCCAUAGUGCUGGCAGGAUUGGGAGUAAACAUCACAGAGGAGCGUGGAAAGAUGGCAGCAACCUUAGGGAAGCUGUGAACUAUAGCCUUCAUGGUCUCCUUGGUGAAAGAAGAGGCGAGUUGGCCCUCGGCCCUAUUUCCUUAUGUACCUCACCCAUCACAUCAGCAGAAUCAUAGAACCCCAGCCUCAUUCCACAUCAUCUGGGACUGCCCCCUUCCUAGACCCCGCCCUCCCCCCCCCCCCAACUCUCAUUGUGUGGAAAACAGACUUGUUCAUGAGGAGGGAGCACAGAUCCUUUGCAUGGCUCCGAUGCCUAUAAGGAAACCAGGCUUCGGAGCCAGUAGGGCUAUGAGAUAAGGGCUCCCUGCAUCCCAAGCUCCGUCUUCCAUGGCACAGCUCCAAGUCACUGACAUUAGGUAUUAUUACAGGAAUGGCACACUGUUUUGCUUUUGAAGGGGGGUCUUUAAUCAUCUUACAGUCUGGUCUUAAUUGUUCCCAGCAACGCUGAGAUGAUUGUCUUUACCAAAGAAACUGGGCUAGCACUUUCUCAUUUUGCCAUGUUGCUUGUGCAACUUUGUGGGCCUUGCACCCACAUCCCCCCAAAACACCUUUAGAAUCCAAUGCGGGUUUAUGAUCCAGACCACAAUCAGAAUUCUAUCUUGGACCAUUUAUAUUCCUUCUGCUCUCGAUUCUGUGCACCGUUAGUUAGUGUUUUUCACGUUACAGGCUGCGAUUCUUUGGUGGGUUGUGGUCAGCAUUGUUUGAAUAAACGAAAUGGGGUAGAAUAAAAUAGAAAGAAAAAUA